GUAUUGGACAAACAGGAGUUGGAAAUAGUCAUUUGUCUUCAGGCAAAAAUAUACAGAAAAAAAACCCUGGAAGUCGGGACCGGUCUAUUUUCAGAUCUCUUUUUCAUAGCACUGUGCUUCAAUCUUUCAGAAUCUGUUUAUACUUAGUUAGGAAUAAGCUCUAUCUAUAGAUAGGCAGGUUUCUUCUGCUAUAAGAAUGGAAAAUACGGUUUGAAGGAAUUCUAUAAGAGGGUAUUUUUUGGUAUCUAGCCACAAAAGCAAGAUGCUUAUAUUUUUAUUUUUUUAUUGCUUAGUUACUUUAGCAAUAGAGCACUAAAUGACAAUUUCAUACAUUGAUAUGUUUUUAUUCCAGGAGAAAUAAUUGAUUCAUUCUUCAAUACACCAGCUCUAAUUGCAUGAGCACGAUAAUAAAAACUAAUCAACUAUGUUUCAGCCUAAGGUGCUCUGCAAAGCAAACCUGUGUAUUGGAAACAUUCUUCAUAUUAUGUGAAACCCAGAAAAUUGUGUUAAUUCCAUAAACCAUAGAUCAGUUAAUCAAGAAGGCCACAUGAACACAGCCAUUGCAUCAACCGAAGAUAUCCAAACCUUAAACAUUUUUCGGUAUCAUAUUUACAGUCAAAAUACCCACAUGUAUUUAUUCGCAUUUACCUUGACUAUCACUAAGUGUUGUAUCUUUUUAUUCUUGAUGAAUGUAUUUAUUCUCCUUAUGUACACUGAGAGCACUUACACCAAAGACAAAUGUCCAAUCACACUUGGCCAAUAUAUUCUAUUCUAAUUUCCCAUUUUUCUGCUACCAGCACUCUUGCCAAACAAAAUUUGCUUUAGUAUAAAUAUGUGAAUUCAAUCAGAGAAAAGGAGGGGGAAAAGGUACUGCUUUAUUACUUUCAUUAUAUCCCCCGUUUGUUUAAGAUCGAUAGCCCUCCUCUUGAUCGUAUAAUUUUCAUAAAAUUUAAAAUGAAAAAUAGCCCCGGUUAUAGCAAAAUUGCUGAGCUCAGCUUUUUAUUUCCAUCCUGUGUUUGACUGCAACGCGCUGCUGUUACCUUUUCCUAAAUAUCUUAACUGGAUCGCAAACGAGAGUAAAUCACACUGGCGACAGUGCUCUAGAUGGAGCUGUGGGCUGCAGUUCCCACGUACGUCUUUUCUCUCAGUCAAGUCGAGUUGUUGGUCCUCGGUUCCUUUCUUUGCUGAAGACUGCAGAGCAGUGCCUGGGUCGGGAAGAUAAUGGGGAAGAGUUGCAAAGUGGUAGUAUGUGGGCAAGCAUCAGUUGGGAAGACUUCGAUCCUGGAACAGCUUCUGUAUGGGAAUCAUAUUGUUGGUGCAGAAAUGAUUGAAACCCAGGAAGACAUUUAUGUAGGUUCCAUUGAAACGGACCGGAAUAUGCGUGAACAGGUGACUAUUGUGGUCUUAGGCAACAAAUGUGAUUUGCAGGAACAACGCCGUGUGGACCACGAUAUAGCCCAACACUGGGCAAAGGCAGAGAAAGUAAAACUGUGGGAAAUCUCAGUUGCUGACCGUCGGAGUCUCAUUGACCCCUUUGUUUACUUAGCGAGCAAAAUGACACAGCCACAGAGCAAGUCCACCUUCCCACUCAGCCGCAAGAACAAAAGCAGUGGUUCUGUGGAUGGAUGAAACCCACAGGUGCUGGACUCACUAUUGCUGGCAAAAACGUAUGCAUGUAGGGCAGGGCUGGCCUUGCCACAGAGCACAAACUAGUAGCAGAUACUAGAUAAAGGCACUUCUUUUGUUCCUAUCUCUAUGUCAUUUGUUUUUGUUUUGGUAAAAAGAACUUUCCAAAUCCAAAGCAGGAAUGUAGAACUUUUUCUUCAUUUUCCACAAAAUAAUAAUUUUUAAAAAAUCGAGCAGGUAGUUCCUGCAUAUGUCUAGUGCCUAGUGUAUUAAAUACACUGUCAACCUGACAUAAACGACAUUAAAGGUUGGGUUUUUAACAUUCUUUUACUCAGACUCAUUUUGUUUUUUUUAUUGUUUAAAGAACCCACAUUUUAAAUCUGAAAAUAGAUUUUAGGGGUACUAAUGUAUAUUCUUGAUUUGGACCCUGAAGGGUAGCAUGAUAGAAAUAUCCAGUGUUACCAGAAAUAUCUCCUAGGUUGUGGAAAAGGGAGGGAUGAGCCAUGGAUAUAGCAACAUGAGUAAAAAUAAUAAUGGAAUGUUCCUUCAGUUCAGUAUUGGAGCCCGUUUGGCCAAGUUAAUCCACCAUCUUCCAUGUUCCUGAAUUAGCAGAUUCUAAAAUGGUUUUUUUAGACGCUAACUGCACAUUUAUAAGGAUACCAAGUUGUGGAGAAGAGGAAACAUACAAAUAGAAACUUGUGGGAAAGCACAUUAUUGAUCAACAAAAAAUAAAUGUGAGAAUAAUAGUUUUUAGUGAUCUUUUAUAUAUCAUUAAUUCCCUUGAUCUGGAUUUGAUCUUGAUUGUUUUGUGAAUGUCUCUUCCAAACAUUGUGACCUUGUGUUCCUGAUUUGGAUAAUGGAUGUAACAAUUUAUAUAACUGAUAUCAUGAUAAAAUGGAUUCAACUCAGAGUAAUGUUAUUCCAUAACGCAUUGAAAAAUGAUACCUAUGUUAGUUGCUUAUGAACUCUUGGAAGUGCAGAUUAAAAACAGAUUCUACACUGCUCUGAAUUGUUUGUGGAAUAUCAACUUUUAUUGAAUACAAUACAGAACACAGUGUCCCAGUCAGAAUAGAUGACACCAAUAAAUUAAAAAAAAUGUAUUUUAGCUUUC